UUCGGUUCCAACCGGUUGGAAGGGAUCCGCCACGCCGAGAUGGACGCCAAGAGCAUGGAAGCGUCCGGGACCAUGUGCUUCCAUGGCAUCGAGUACUCGGUCGAGAUAUGGGUCCAGCGCGAUGAGCUCCAUGUCCAGGUCGAGGAAGAGAGCCUCAAGGCGACGGCCGACGUCGACCGAUGGGGCGGCGCCUUCCCCGCCAUGUACAUUGAAGAGCUCACGAAGAAGACGGGCAACUUCAAGCGCUUCUACACCUUUGUCAACAUGCUCGUCUCGGCCUUGAACCACAAGAGCGACUCGGUCUUCAUUGACCUCCUCACCUACUCGGACCUGGAGCUCUACCGGAAGCGCAAGAUGGGCAAGUCCUCGACCGAAGCUCCGCCGGCAGUGGCGCUCCAUGCGACCAACAAGCGCUACCUUAUCCUGACGUACGCGGUCGAAUUUGACCGCGUGCAUUACCCGCUGCCGCUCCUGUACAUUGAGACGCCGACGGCCGACAUUUUGCAGAAAACCAUCCUACGUCUCAAGCAGGCGCUUACCGAGUCCAAAAUGGACGGCGGCGUCCCCGACAAGCAGCUCCAUGCGCUGCAAGACGAGAACUCGUCCCUUCGGCUCCAGAUCAAGCAGCUGCAAGCCAUGCAUGACGCAGCAAAGGCUUCGUCGUCCGACGCGCGGGAGCACAAGGAACUCACGGCCAUGUACCAGCAGCUCCGAAAAGACUCGACAAACGAGAUCACUGAGCUCAAGGCGCAGAUCGAGUUGCUCGAAAAGCAGCAGUCGCGGGACGACGUGGAGGCACUGGAACAACGCUAUGGCCAGCGGAUACGUCAGCUCGAGAAAGACGUCGAACGCGAACGGGCCGACCAGCACCGUCUUAUGUUGCAAUUGGAGCGCCAGCUCGAGGACGAGCGAGCCAAGGCCUGUGCCGCCGAGACGCUAGUGCGCGAGCUGCAGAUGAAGAACCGAGAACUCAUGCGCCAGCUCGCCGUGGCACGGACCAAGUCGACGCCGCACCGAGACCGACCGCAGGCCGCGACGACGGCGCCAGCACCGCAGAAGCGAGCGGCGCCGGCGACCCGUCCGCGCAGCACCACAGCGUCGUCACGCCCAUCGAGCGGCCACGACAGUGACGGCGAGCGCAAGCCUCGCUACACGGAGCGCCCACCAGCCACUUCAGCAAGCUUCAAGCGCUUUGAUCCCACCGCGUACCAUCUGGAGCGCCAGGCCAAGCUGCGAGCCCGAUCGCAGUCCCCGCAGCCGCCAUCGCGGUCGUCGUCGGCGCCACGUCGACCUAUCACGAGCGGGUACUCGUCCGACUCGUCGGCAGGGUACCAGUCGGGCGGGUCCAACGCCUCUCGACGGCCACGGCCGCGGAGCCGCCAGGGCUCCACCGAGCGCCAGCGCGACGCGGAUGCGCGGCUUGCGUCUCCACGGUGGAGUGCGUCCAAGAAGGAGCCACCCGCAGUCUCGAGCCGCCGGUCCCCGUCGCCGACCGUUCCCCGCAAGGCCUCUACGACACCACUGAAAGGGUCGAGCACUCCGCUCAAGUCAGUUUCCAAGCUGCCCGGACGGACCAAGCCCACGGUGCUCUCAACCAAGCCCCAGUACCUUUAUGACGACGACGAGAGCGACACGGAAGCGCCGUCGACGUUCACCGAUAUUGACAACCGGCUCAACGCGCUGCAGCAGUUUCUGCGCGAUGCCAAGACACACAAGACACUCGACAGGAAAUAAUUACAGUACGUUGGCUUACAA